GGAGUACAGAUGGUGGGGGUUUCAGAAGAUCAGACUGGGGAGAACGUGACUAAAUUCACCUUCUGCCUUCAUUGAAGGUCGAAAGAGCAUUUUUGAAAUUUGUUUCAGAUUCGAAACUAACUCACAGAUUUGUUAUUAUCAAUAGUUUUUGUGUGUCGGUGUACUGUAACAUCAUGAGUCGCAAAUUUUUUGUUGGUGGUAACUGGAAAAUGAACGGUACCAAGAGUGAAAUCGAUGGUAUUGUUGCAUUUUUAAAAAGCGGCCCUCUUGACACAAAUGUCGAGGUUGUUGUUGGUGUACCAUCGAUAUAUUUGACGUAUGUCAAGGGCAUACUACCAGACAAUGUUAGUAUUGCUGCACAAAACACUUACAAGGUUGCAAAAGGAGCAUUUACAGGAGAAAUAAGUCCUGCUAUGCUUUUGGACAAUGGGAUCCCAUGGGUAAUUCUUGGCCAUUCUGAACGUAGAAAUGUCUUUGGUGAAACAGACGAAUUAGUGGCAGAAAAAGUUGCCCAUGCUUUAGAAGCUGGAUUAAAGGUGAUAGCAUGCAUUGGAGAAAAAUUAGAGGAAAGAGAAGCUGGUAAUACAGAGGAAGUAGUCUUCAGACAGACUAAAGCUAUCGCAGAUAAAAUUAAAUCAUGGGACAAUGUAGUUGUUGCCUACGAACCAGUCUGGGCAAUUGGAACAGGGAAAACAGCCACACCGCAACAAGCUCAGGAGGUCCAUGAAAAACUAAGAGAUUGGUUCUCUAAAAAUAUCAACCAAACUGUCGCAGAAACUGUUAGAAUUAUUUAUGGAGGUUCGGUAACAGCAGGAAAUGCAAAAGACUUGGCAAAAGAGAAAGACAUAGAUGGAUUUUUAGUUGGAGGGGCAUCUUUAAAACCUGAUUUUGUACAAAUCGUUAAUGCCAAGCAGUGAGAUAAAACAUUCAUUACGCGAAAAUAUUAUUUAUUAAUUUAAUAUACACUCUAAGGAUGUGUAUAUUUUAACAAGUACCAUAAAGAAUUAACAUAUAUUUUCUUGUUGUUUGUACAGAGAAAGAUCUAAAUCAUGUUGCUGCAAUGAAAUAUUAUUACCGUGCAACUAGUAGUGAACAGUAUAAUUCACUUUAUUUUUCUUAAAAGGCGUACUUUUCUUGUAAAUAUAUAAUCAUUAGUAACUCAAUAAAUAUUUCAACAAGAUGUAA